CAUGUGGGUCACGCGAAGCCGCAUUACACACAGUUCAGCCCUUCAGCAGCAGCGAUGGGAAAACAAACUUUAACUGCGCGACAGAGAUAAGAAUCAGCCGCUAUCCGUGUGGAAGCUCGAGCGGAGUGUCGGCUGUCGGGAUUAGGAUGAUUUUCAGAAGCUGUCCCGGUUCGGUGCUGGUGGAAAAGCGGCAGCAUUGAGGCGCAGAGCCGCUCGGAGUUGCGGGAUUAGUUCGCUCGCAGCCUGACAGCGGAGGCUGACUGCGGUGGGAUGGGCUGUGAGGUGUUCAAGAUGGCGGCGCCCUGUGGAGUGAAUCUACUCUAACAGCGGUGCCUGGAGACUGUAUUGGUGGGCGGGCCCCAGGAGUCCUCCAGGCAAGCCGGGUCUGACACUGGGAGAGAAACGCGGCCUGCACCUCCAGCACUGCCACCAUGGCCAGGGAGCAGCCCAACGUCGGGGACCUCCUCCCGCUCCUGGAGACCUCCGACCUCCAGCAGCUCGAAGAGAUCCGGAGCCUCAUCAACGAGCAGCUCAGCACCGAGCGAGGCUCCAUGCUGCUGAACGGGUUGGUGGACUACUUCCUGGAAACCAACUCCGCCCAGGCCCUGCAUAUCCUGUCCUCAGUCAGAGAGCCGCAUGACAAGCACCUUCUGGACAAGAUGAACGACUGUAUGGCCAAACCAGCUUGCCGGCUGCCCACCCUCAUGCUGCUCGGCCACGUGGUCCGAAAGCAGCCGUCCUGGAUCCACAAGAUGGCCCGCUACCCUCUGCUGCUCUCCCUGCUGAAAUGCCUCAAGACGGACACAGACGUAGUGGUGCUGAUAACCGGAGUUCUGGUGCUCAUCACUCUGCUUCCCAUGAUCCCUCAAGCCGGGAAGCAGCACCUCUGGGAGUAUUUCGACAUCUUCGGCCGCCUGGCGUCGUGGAACCUCAAAAACCCAGGCCACGUUUCCGAGGUCUACCUGAUCCACCUCCACGCCUCCGUCUACUCCCUCUUCCACAGGCUCUAUGGAAUGUAUCCAUGCAACUUUGUUUCCUACCUGCGCUCCCACUACAGCAUGAAGGAGAACAUGGAGACCUUUGAGGAGGUGGUGAAGCCAAUGCUUGAACAUGUUCGUAUACAUCCCGAGUUGGUGACGGGAACCAAGGACCACGAGCUGGACCCCACCAGGUGGAAAAAGUAUGAGAUCCAUGAUAUCGUCAUUGAAUGUGCCAAAGUGUCCCUAGACCCAAAGGAGGCAUCCUGUGAGGAGGGCUACGCCACCAUGCCUGAGAACUUUUACCCACAAGCCCACCUGCGGGCGCAGGACUCCACAUCGAGCCCCUACACAGACCUGCACAGCAGCUACGGAAGUUCCUCUUCGACGCCGUUCUCGACUCCGCGGCAGCCGCUGCCCCCGCCCCUGUCCCUGCCGCCCCUCUCAGGCUCUCAGUCCUCCUCGUCCUACCGAAGCCCGCAGACCUCCAGACGGCAGAACUCCAACAGUGAACUGAACUCUUCCUGUGGGGGGAAGGACCCCCUGUGGAGCCCCUCCUCUCUGUGCGGCAUGGCCACGCCCCCUUCCUCCCGGGGCAUGUCGCCCAACCUGGAGCUCUCCCACAGUGCCUCACACCUUCCCAGCCGCUUCCACUGCACGUCAGGAGGAAAAGGAACGCCGGCCUCCAGCACUCCAGCCACCUCAUCCCCACCUCCCACUCUGUCAGAUGACUUCCCUGUAAUCUCCUUACCAGCCAACACGGUCCAGUCCAGUCCGCCGAGAAAAGAUCGUCGACAAGGAGAAAGCAGCAAGCCUGGACUGGUGAGACAGGAGCAAGUCAGAGAGAUGGAGAAGAGUGUAGAGGGAGCUGGAAACAGAGACGCAGAAAGUGCAGCGAAUGUCACCAUGACGCUGACGGAGCUGUCGGUUUUCAUGACGAGGCAGGAGCUGGACCUUCAGCUGAGAACGGAGAAGGAGAGAGAAGAAGCUGCCAUCACAGAGGAGCUGAUGAAACUCACUGAAGACAAGCAGGAGCUGCCGGGGCUGAGAGGCUACGACUCUCCUUUCUUCCACACCACUGAGACUCUGACGGGCCGCCAGACGCAGAACCCGACCUCCUCCUCCAACGCCCACCCAGGCGGCGCCGUCAGAGAGCCGCGCUACGCCGCGUCCACUCCGGACAGAGCCGAGAGCACCUCAGGCAGCGGCGGCGGCGGCGCUGGCGACAGAGCAGCGGCGUCGGAUCGGUCCGCCGUGGAUCGGUCCUGGUCCUUCCAGUCCGGCUUCACCCCCAUCGACCACCACCUGCUCCGGAGCCCCUCCGCCCCCGACGACGACUCCUCCAAGUUUGAGAUGUUCUCCCCGAGCCCGUGCGGCAAAGCGCCGAUUCCGUACGAGUCGCUGUUCGCGCUGGCCCUGCCCAGGGCCGCCUCGCUGUUCGUGGGCCAGAAGACGUCGGAGGCGGUCCACAAGGCGGCGAUGGAGAGGCUGCUGCAGCGCGAGGAGGGCCUGGAGGACGGGGAGGAGGAGGGCGUGGUGUCGGCUUCGCCACUGGAGGUGCUGGAUCGCCUUGUUCAGCAGGGGAGUGACGCACACGACAAAGUCCUCAAGAGAUUACCUUUGCCAAGUAAGUCAGCUGACUGGACUCACUUUGGAGGCUCGGCUCCUCUGGACGAGCUCCACACGCUGCGCAGCCAGCUGCUGCUGCUGCACAACCAGCUGCUGUACGAGCGCUACAAGAGGGAGCAGCACGCCGUCCGCAACCGCCGCCUCCUCCGACGCAUCAUCAACGCCACGGCGCUGGAGGAGCAGAACAACGCAAUGGCAAGUUUCAACUCUUUACUACUUCUUAGCCGCUUUCCAAGAAACAGGCAGCUGCUAAGCUAAAGUAAAUAAAACUGGGCUAGCAGGUGU